CAAAGAUCGGCUGUGGCGUCCACAUGUGCCUGUGCUGUUUCUGUUAUUACACAUGACAUCUGAUGUUAGAGGAAUAAAACAAGAAGAGGAACAAAAAGAAGUAUAAAGCGACAUGAAAGCCUCCUCUUUAGAGAGUUAAAGACACUGUUUGAAGAUGCUGAGUGAUUCUGAGGUUGCAGAGCUGCUUUCCUUCCUGACUCCCAGCACACGUCCAGAUGUCAAAGGUCAGGCCACUGAGUACAUCCUGGGACUGUCUGGAAACAGGGAUGGCUGCCGCUUUCUCCACUCUAAACCUGAUCUAAUUGCUGCCCUGUUUGCCCUGACCUCUGACCCUUCCAUUGCCAUAGUGAAGGACUGCUACCACAUCUUUAUCAACCUGUCAGCCGAUGAGACUCUUCAUCAGGUUUUAGUGAAAGAUGUCAAAGUUGUCCCCAUGUUGUUUAAGAACCUUCUGGACCCCGAGUACCUGUUCUCUGAUCAGAUCUGCACCAUCCUGUCAAAUCUGACGCGACACGAGAAAACCUGCAAGACUUUAUUCAAGGUGCUGCAGGAGGACGUCGGUAUGGCGCAGCUUGUUCAGAUCUUCUGUACCGAAGGUUACAAUAAGAACGCUAAACUGCACUACCUGGGUCCUCUGCUGUCCAACCUGACGCAGCUGCCUGAGGCCAGAAACUACUUGAUGGACAAGGACAGGUGUGUAGUCCAGAGGUUGCUGCCCUUCACUCAGUACCAGUCAUCUGUGGUGAGGAGAGGCGGAGUCAUAGGCACCCUGCGCAACUGUUGCUUUGACCAUGCUCAUCACGAGUGGUUGCUAAGCGAUGCUGUGGAUAUCCUGCCUUUCCUCCUGCUGCCGCUGGCCGGUCCAGAGGAGCUGACAGAGGAGGAAAACGAAGGCUUGCCUGUCGACCUGCAGUACCUCCCCGAGGACAAGAAGCGAGAGGAAGACCCAGACAUCCGAAAGAUGCUCCUGGAAACGCUCUUACUGCUGACUGCAACUAAAGCCGGCCGGCAGAUGCUGAAAGAGAAGAAUGUUUAUCCAAUCAUGAGAGAGUUCCACCGCUGGGAGAAGGACGCCCACGUUACAGCGGCCUGUGAGAAACUGGUCCAGGUGCUGAUAGGAGAUGAGCCGGAGGAGGGCAUGGAGAACCUGAUGGAGGUAGAAAUCCCUCAGGAUGUGGAGGAGAAACUAAAGGAGGCCGAUGCCAAAGAGCAGGAAGAGCUGGAGAAAGAGGAGGAAGAGAAGAGGAAACAAGCGGAAGAGGAGGCCGAGAAAAAGAAGAAGAGUGAUUCUGAGCAGACAGACAGAGAACAGGAGAGUGGACUGAUAAAGUGAAAUCUAUUUUAGGCUUUUUGUCAUUCAGAUAGAAGCACUGCUUCAAUGUGGCUGACUCAGGUGUGACAGGAAAGAGAUGCUGCGCUGUCACGUGGAGUCAGUGCUGAGGACAGUGGAAGAGAAAUUACUCUAUUACCGCAUCAGUGAAGCUGAUCAGCUUAUUUUGCUGAUUAAACCACAAAGAACAUGAGGGAAAAAGCUUGAAUCGGAUAUGAUGACAGUACAAGAAUCUCUUUAAACAUUGAGUCAUUUUGUGUUUCAUGUGUAUUAAACUUGAUUUAUUUUCUCUCUGCUUUAUAAAAAAUAAUGAGAGGAUUGAAAAGAGUGCUCCAAGAAAGGAGAAGUGUUCAAAUAAA